CCAGAAACCAAAAAAUCCUUUUGGCCAACAGUUUGUUGCUCAAGCUGUUCCCGAACGGACGUCUCCCCCAGAAUCGUUCGCUCCCGACAUUUGGGACUUCGAUUUAGUUUCGGUUUAGCUUCGAUUCGGUUUCGGCUAGGAGUUGCUCUAUAGCAAAAAAAAAAAAAGAAAAUAAAAGAAAGAAAAAACCAAGAAGGAAAAAAACAGAAACCAGUUUGGUGGGGAGUUGCUCCCCAAAUCAAGGAGUGGAAAUUCUUUACCACAGUUGUUGGCAGUGUGUGUGCGUGUUGCACGGAAGAAAUCACAUUACCUCGGCAAUGUGUCGCGGUAAUAUACAAAAAUGGAGCCUCUAAUGCAUAUGUGAAAUGAUCAACCAAAGGGCCAUUUAUCAGCAUCCCCGAAGUGAGCUGGGAAAAGUGUAAAAAUAAGCAAGCAACCGGCAACUAACAAGCAAACAACAGCCAUAACAAUUUGUCAAGUACACAACCACACACCAAAAACACAAAGCAGGUGAAAAUCCAAAUAAGCGCGCGCGUUUUAAAACGCCCCAAAGCAGCGAGAGGCGAGGCCAAAGGAUUAUCGCGAUGGCGAGGACCACGGAACUGAAGCUGGCUAUGGUGGAUCCUGCGAAAUGAAUUUAUGCCUGUGCAGUUUUCCAUCGAUUUUCGUCUUGCGCCACAACGGACUGGGGAUGAAACACCAAACACAUAAAACGGAUUUGAUAUUAAAAAAAUAUGCAGAAACAAGAAAAAAGGCGCGAGCUGCGCCUGAAGCGAUUCUGGCGCUCCCCCAAGACCACGUCCUCGGAGGACUCCAAUGGCUAUGAGAGUCCCACGAGAACGAAGGCGUCCAGUGCCGGCGGCAGCAGCGAUGCCCAGAGAUUCAACCACCUGCACUACACCAGCCUGUCGCAGGGAUCGGGCACCUCGUCCUCGGCGGGCGGAGCCACUGCAUCCGGAGCGGGGCCGACGACCCUGGGGCAGUCUGGCAACAGCAAGCCCUCCUGCUCGCUGCCACUUUUGCAGGUGUGGCCCAGCCAGCCGCUCCUGCGCCAGGAGGGCUUCGUUCAGUUGCGUCGAAACAGCGGCCCCGAGGGUCAGCGGGAUUCGCCGCGCGGCGAGGCGGAUGGCCAGUCCUUCGUGUUCCCGGCCAUCGUGGAGACGAGUGUCUGCAGUCCGACAGCCGUGGCCAGCGGGAGUGGCAGUAUCGGGAGCACCAACCUGAGUCUGAACGCCAGGAGGAGCAGCAACCACCUCAGCUUGUCCACGGACCGGCGGAGUUCUCUGUACUGUGAUACCCUGCACGCCGGCGACUCCGGCAUCGAUUCGGUGCAGGCCUCGCCCUCGCCGAACGCCUUCAUAGCUCCGCCGGGCGUUCACAACCUGCCGCUGGGCCAGACGGGCGGAGGGUCCUGCCAUGUGUCGCCCACCAGCACGCCCACCCAGGGAUCACCCAAUUUGUCGCUGGGCCGCAGGAGCAUGCGGAACAGCAUUUGCGUGGUGCCCAGUGGCAACGGGCGGAGGAAGUCGAGCGCCCUGCUGCAUCCGGAUCACGCCCGGCUGUUCGCCCUGCGAAUGAAACAUGCGGCGGCGCUGGAGCGGGCACAAACCUCUCCGGAUCAGACCUCCAUCGAGGACGCCAACGAGUUCCACGACAAUGGACUGGCCACCAACCUGCGGCUGUGCUCGGCCUCCUCGUCGACGACGUCGUCGCUGACAUCCGUGGCCGCGGUCAGCCUGGGCGGUGCCGGUGGUGCGGGUGGUGCGAACACUACGUCCUCCGGCUCCGCCUACGCUGUGGGCGCGGCGGGCGUCCAGCAGCGCGUCUCCGAUCCCUGGCUGCAGCCGCAAUCCGAUCGGGAACGGGACUCCCGGCACGACGGCAGGCGCAGGUCCUCCACGAUGACCGCUCGCUACUCCCUGUUCGAUGCCCUGGACCUGGAGUACGUGCUCUUGAGGGCCGCUGCCCGCGGUUCCGUGGGUCCCUACAGCCUCAGUGAGUCCAUACACAAGCUCACCUUCACGCAGUCUUUGGCGUUCCCGGCCCUGGCUCGUGGCCUGGCCACCAAAAGGCGGAGGUCAGCCACGCACACCAGCUCCCGGCCCCUGAAUCCCCAUGAGUCCGGUCUGAAUACCUGCGCCAAGGUAGUCACCGCCGUCGUCCUGGUGGCCCUGUCCUUCAUGGUGUUCCUCAUCGUCUACAAGUUCGUGCGGACGUGAGGUUUGCUCCUGGCCCCGUCGCCAGAGCUCCCAGUCACAUAUCAGGCCAACUACGGAGCGGAGGAGGGGUCCACAUCGUCCUCCAUCAUCUCGUCGGCGGGCCGCAGUCUGGGCAAGCACAUGUCGGGGUUCAGGAGCAAAUUCGGUCUGCGUCAGGCCGACUUCGAGUGAUCCUUGCGAAGAUCGUUUGAACAGACAUUAAAGUACUGGUCGCCAACAUUUUUGCUAUUCGAAAGGGAUUGAAUCAGAUUUCAUCAAUUGGAAAAAUAUUUUUUAUUGUAUGAAACUCUAAGGAUUACAUAUUUUCCUCGAAAAGUACCUAUGAAAAUCGUUUCGUGUUGGUAAAAGAUGGCUGACCAGUGAAAUUUUUGUGAUAAACUAUCAAUGAAAGCAAAUUUUCCACAAAAGAAAACCCAACAGUGGAGCACAUGUAAGUUAAUAAAAUAACAAAUUAAAGGCUUAAACAUUUAGUAAAUACAGCUUCAAGAGGCUUGCCAGAGUUUCAUCAAAUUUAUAAUAUACUUAUAAAUAAUAUUUUUUUAUAAAUAUAAAAAUCGCAGCUCGCAUUUCCUAGGCUCCUAUUUAGCGAAGAUUUUUGAAUGGAAUUCCAAAUCCAGUUUCAUUGUUUGCAGUUGAAGUGCCUAACUAAUUUUAAACAAACUACAAAUUACAUUAAUACUCGCUUAAUUUUGUUCUCUUCUUAAAAAUCGAAUUUAGAAAUUGGCAGCUGCUUGGAAAAUGAAACUGCUUAUGCGCUGCAGUAGUCCAAAUAAUUUUUCCAGUAGAUAAACUUUUUUGAAGGGAAAUUAGAAGUGGUGGAGGAAAUUGAGAGGAUAUAUGAUUUAAUACUGAUUUUGAAGCAUUAUUUUAUGUUACAGCAGAAAUGAAAGUUAAUAUUUAAAAUUACUACAUCUUU